AUGGAUGGGGAGAAAAAUGAGUUUCAGAACUACCGGAUGCUGGAUGCUUUGGAGAAGCAUUUGGGAAUAGAAUCGACUCUUGGACUCUUCUACAAUCGGCUGGUGUAUAUGUCUGACGACGAUACUCAAGAAAGAUUACAAGCCAUAAAACAAUAUCUUGAGACAUCGUUGUCUCGCUCUUCAAGGACUAUCACUGACAAUCCACUUUUUCAACCUUCCAAGAAAGUUAAUCCAGUACAAAUACCAUUACCAUCUGACGAUGAUUCUGACUUUGAAACAUCAGAUGGUGCAAAGGAAUGGAUAUAUUACCUUCCUCCUGGAACUGUUAAUACAUGGAAUGAAAUGAAGACAAUGUUCUUGGGGCGUUACUUCCCAACAUCUAAGGUUGGCAGUAGAAGGAAGGAAAUCUGUGGCAUUCGCCAACAGACUGGGGAGUCAUUAUAUGAGUAUUGGGAGAGAUUCAAGAGGUUAUGUGCUAGUUUCCCUCAUCAUCAAAUAAGUGAACAACUCCUAAUCCAAUACUUUUAUGAAGGACUACAGCCAUUGGAUAGGAGUAUGAAUGAUGCAGCCAGUGGGGGUGCACUAGUUGAUAAGACUCAUGCUGUAGCUAGGAGCUUGAUUUCUAAUAUGGCCGCCAACUCACAACAGUUUGGCAUUCGCCAAGAUCCUAAUCUACCACCAACGUCAGCUAAUGAAGUGAGCACUUCAAAUGCUAAUCAGCUUGGUCAACAAUUGGCUCAAUUAAUUGCAGUGGUACAACAACUUGCUUUAGGCCAACAUGUGCGGUCAUGUGGAAUCUGUCAGGUUGUGGGGCAUGCUCCUGAUACUUGCCCUACUUUAUUUGAGGGAGAGACUGAGGGUGUUAAUGUUGUAGGUAAUUUCCCAGGUCAAUUAUGCCAGAUGUACUAUGAACCUUUUUCACAAACUUAUAAUCCUGGGUGGCAUGAUCAUCCAAAUCUUCGUUAUGGGAAUCAACAACAAGUUGCUCCACAGUCUACAUCUACGAGACCACUUGGUUUCACUUUUCAACAGCGGUCUCAACUGAAUUUUGUACCCAGACCAUCACAAGCACUGCAAGCUGCUCCACCACCAAGGGCCAAACCUUCCACUGAAGAUUUAAUCAAUGCAAUUGCUACAAAUAUGCUUCAUUUUCAGCAAACUACCCAAGCGUCCAUAAAAAGUUUGUUGAAUCAGGUGGGACAACUAGCGGCAUCAUAUAACAGGUUGAAAGCUCAUCUUUCUAAUAAAUUGCCUUCACAACCUGAGAGGAAUCCCAAGGAGAAUAAAAAGUCACAUAAACCAACUGUGCCAACCUAUGUCCCUCAUCCGCCUUUUCCAAGCAGAUUGAAAAAGUUUAAGAAAAAGGAAGCUAAUAAGGAGAUUCUUGAGACUUUUCACAAAGUUGAGGUAAACAUUCCAUUACUUGAUGCAAUUAAACAAGUGCCACAUUAUGCUAAAUUUUUGAAGGAGUUGUGCACGAAUAACAAGAAAUUGAAGGGUGAUGAAAAGAUAAGUGUGGGGGAGAACGUGUCUACUAUUCUCCAAAAGAAGCUGCCACCAAAAUGCAAGGAUCCUGGAACCUUUAAAAUUCCUUGUAUGAUUGGGAAUAAAAGGAUUGAGCGGUGUAUGAUAGAUUUAGGAGCAUCGAUUAAUGUCAUGUCAUAUUCAUCAUAUGAUUCUUUAAAUCUUGGGCCACUAAAGGAGACAGGAGUUAUUGUUCAGCUGGCCGGUCACACUAAUGUUUAUCCUUUAGGGGUAGUUAAAGAUGUGCUGGUAAUGGUUGAUGGGCUUGUCUUUCUAGCAGAUUUCUAUAUACUUGAAAUGGGGGAUGCAUCAAUACCCAAUCCAACACCAGUUUUAUUUGGGAGGCCAUUCUUGAUGACAACAAAUACAAAGCUGGAUGUUAGAGCAGGAACACUGACAAUGAAAUUUGAUGGUGAAGUUAUCAAAUUCAAUGUGUUUGAUUCUCCUGGUAAGAUCAAAGGGAGGGAGACUUCAUUGAAAUACCCAAAAUAA